AUGUUGGAUGAGCAGGCGCAGUGCUUGAUCGACACCGAGGUUGCACAUCUCAUGUUGCACGAUUUGCUUGCGCAUCCUAUGCCCGGUACGACGAACCCGGGCAGCACGCCCUCGGAUUAUGUCCCGCCUCCAGACGAUGAUGUCGCAGCAGCCAAAGCGGAAGUUGCACGCAAGCUUGGGACACUUGUGGGCUUCCUCGACGCUCCUGCAUCGCAGAUCCGAGACGGUAUCGUCGCGAUUGCUGAGAACAAGGAGAUCGAUGACAGCAAGAGCUGGGCGCACAUACGGCCUACUCUUGCAUUUGACGCCAAGGAGUGCAUAUGGAAAGACCCUGCCAGUCUAUCGGCUGAGGCAAGAAUCGCCGGAUGGAGUGUGCAGCUCGAAGAGGCAUGUGCUGCUAUGACUCGUGAGGGUGCACACGCUGACAAGGUCGAGAAGAAGCUCAGUGUCGUACUUAGUGGUCACCCUAACCGAUCCAACAACCUCAGCGUCAAAUUGGGUACCUCUCACAAUGUCAGCAACGGCUAG